AUGGAGUCGGGCGUUGGAACUGCUGUUGGUGCUGAGGACCCGGGAGUUGGAGCUGCUGCUGGUGCUGAGGACCCUGGCGCUGGUGUCUCUGCUGCGUCUGGAGUCGCUGCACGGCCGCGGCCGUACUUCGUUCCGCUCCUUCAGCAGGUUCUUGGUCAGCUCCCUCCUCCUUGUCCUCCUCCCUCCUUAGGGUGUCCUCCGUCUGUCCAGCUGCAGUCGCAGUUACCGUCUGCCUCCUCUCUCCCUGGUCCUGCUCCUUAUACUGGUCCGACUGGAGGUCUUACAGAGCGUCAUGAGCCUGAGUCUCGUCCUGCGUCGCCUGAGUCUCGUCGUGCGUCGCCUGUCCGUGCUGCUCUCACUGGUAGUCGUAUCCCGCGUCAGCGUCUUCUUGCUGUCCCAGGCACUCACAGGAUGGCGCUUCGUCCUUCCACUGCUCCACACCGUGUCCCACUGCCGUCUCCUCCUGCGUCCUCUCUUCCUGCUCUUGCUGACCCGGAUGACCCUUCCUUUGAGUCCGCUGCUGCGUCUGCCUUAGUUGCUGAGCUUGUCGACUUUGCUGCCACCUGUCCUCUAGACUACGCCGCUAGCCUAGUUGCUGAGUCUGAGUCUGUUUGUCCUCCGUCCAUCGGGGGUGAGUGUGCUCUUGGCACUGACGUCCUUGAGGACAGGCAGGAGGAGUUUGAGUGCUUUGCUGCCGCUUUGCCCCAUCUCGUGUCCAUGCUUGUUGCCCCUGAGGGAGACCCGGAUGCACCAGACAUCCCGACCCCACGCUCUUACGUAGAGGCGAUGGCCGGUCCCUACUCCUCUCAGUGGCAGACAGCCAUGGACGCAAAGAUGGCUUCCUGGAAGUCCACAGGCACCUACGUCGACGAGGUUCCCCCGCCUGGGGCGAACAUCGUCAGUGGCAUGUGGAUUUUCAGGGUGAAGCGGCCGCCGGGCUCUCCGCCUGUCUUCAAGGCGCGUUAUGUUGCACGAGGCUUCAGUCAGCGAGAGGGAGUUGACUUCUUCCAGACCUUCUCCCCGACCCCGAAGAUGACCACUCUUCGGGUUCUGCUGCACGUCGCCGUUCAGCGUGACUUCGAGCUCCACUCUCUUGACUUCAGCACUGCUUUCCUACAGGGCAGCCUGCACGAGGAGAUCUGGCUGCGCCGCCCACCUGGCUUCACUGGGUCGUUCCCUCCUGGUACCCAGUGGAGCCUCCGACGGCCAGUCUACGGUCUCCGCCAGGCGCCACGUGAGUGGCACGACACAUUGAGGACUACACUUGCGGCUCUUGGGUUCGCGCCUUCUACUGCUGACCCGUCGCUGUUUCUACGCACCAACACCUCUCUGCCGUCGUUCUACAUCCUUGUGUACGUCGACGACUUGGUCUUUGCCACUGCUGACACUGCGGCACUCGCCCACGUGAAGUUGGAGCUCUAG